CCUUCACCACUCUAAUAAUCCCAGCAGGACCUGGGAAUAACAGGCAAGCUUCUGUUAUCGUACCAUCUCCAUCACUAUGCUUGAUGCAGGCUCCUGUAUUAUCACACCAACUUUCUGUUGACGGCUUGUAGGGUACAAGACGCCUGUUGCUUAUGAAUGAAUGAAUCAAUCUAUUCUUUAAGUGACCUGUUCUGUGGAGCCUCAGCUGAAUUCAACCACCAGACUCUGUUCUACCGUAAGAUAUCAAAGACCGGUCAGAGCCACCAGUGAAGACGCAGAGAAAGAUGUAAAUACCCCAUGUUCCCCAAGUAUCGGAGCAUCAUCCUCAAAAUCCCACCUUCCUGAGUAUGCUGCUGGCCGGCCAUGCCUUUCUUGGACUGGUACCUUCGUCGCUCACUGGCAACAUGGCUGCUUUUACACAGUUUGGUCCUCAUGUCUCUCUGUUUCCAGCCAGCAACAACAUUUCCCAAAGGAUGUCAUUCCUCCCAGGAGGACGGGUACAAGAUUCUGAGGUGCAGCAAUGCCCAGCUCACAGAAGUACCCAAAGACAUUCCUAAUGACACUAAUCGCCUAUAUUUAGACUUCAACCAGAUAACCUACCUCCCUUCAGAUGCUUUCCGUAACCUCCCUGUUCUAAUGGAGCUAGAUAUUUCACACAACUCAUUGGGUCACUUGGAGGUUACUGCUCUCAGGGGUUUAAGCGAUCACUUACUCUCACUGGACCUGUCUUCCAACAAGCUAGUAUCAGUCAACAAGGAGGUCUUUGCUAACUUAAAGGCCAGAACAAAUCUUUCUGGCAACCCUUGGAUGUGUGACUGUGAUCUUCAGGAAUUGAUCAGGAUGGUUGAACUGGACCCAAGUUCCUCCAAUGGGAUUGUCUGUGCUAGUUCUGUGCUAGAGGAGCAUGCUGGAAAACCCUUCCUGCAGGUGGUUAAAGAUGUGGACCUGUGCAAUGCCUAUAAGAAGACCACAGAUGUGGCCAUGUUGGUCACAAUGUUUGGAUGGUUUGCUAUGGUUAUCUCAUACUUGGUGUAUUAUGUACGCCAGAACCAGGAGGAUGCCCGACGCCACCUUGAGUACCUCAAAUCCCUGCCAAGCAAGCAGAGACAGAAUGAGGAACCUUCUACUCUAAGCACUGUGGUUUGACUUUUCAAGAGACUUAAAGUUAUGGGUGAUGUAAUUUUUGGUAUUCACACACCCUAUGACUUAACACAUAAGCUGGAAAGUAAUCUUAAUGCUGCCAUUUCAGAGUUUCAUAAUAUUACGAAACACGAUGUACUGUUCUCAUACUUUCUAAAACUUGUACAAAAACUAUUCUUACCAUUUAUGUUGAUAGGUAUACUAUACCCACAUACAAAUGACCAAAUACAGUAUAGACAGAAUAUGUAGAGUUAAAGAUAACUUUGUAACACCUAAUAUUUAGGUGGACUUUUACCAUGGUUUAUGGACCACCAACAUCAAUCAACAAGAUCAUACAUACAUAAACCAUACAUUUAUGUUCAUACAUUACCCAAGGCUAAUUAAAAAUCUCUUCAAAGUGAAGAGUAUCAAAAGUGGUUUUAUAGGAAAGUACAAUUAGAUAGUGAUCACUAGAGUUAACCUUCUAAGGCCAU